AUAAACAACACCAACAUGAUGUAUUCUUAAAACAGUCGUAAAGCUGACAUAGUCGAUGGCCUGCUUUUCUGAAGGGGCGUGUUCUCCACUGAAAGCUCCGUUCUGCCUCUGUAUCUGGCGAGCUACUAUCUAUCUAUCUACCCAGGCAGCGACGGUUGUAGUACUCGAAGCUGAAAAUAGCCAGCUGCUAGCUUCGCUGUUCAGUCAGAAACCCACGACAGCGUCCUAAUCUAAAACUCAAACUCGGUCAGAAGUUAGGAUGCGGGAAGUGCAUCCGAAUUCAUGAGUGCGCAGAAGACAUUUACAAGAGGAAACUAUGGAGGACUGAGAGACGGGACAUUUUAUCGGCGACAUUUUUACCGGCUUUUCGGCCAAGCCGCCAGCAUAAACAGCUAGGGCCAAAAGGUACGGCUUCUGUACAGACGGAGUCCUUGCUCGACGGACGAGUUGCGGUCGGAAAAUAAGUCCAAGGUACAAGGGGCUACGUGGUGUGAGUGCCCAUGAGAAAACCACGACGGAGGGGAGGCCUGCCCGGGGCCUUAGCGAGCCAAAGAAGCGAUGCUGCUAGCACAGCUGCAGCAGAUAGGGGGGCAUCACAGCCACGGUCACCCUCUCCCUACCGGGUGAAAGUUUCACCCACCAGAGAAACCCUUACGUACUCCCAGGCUCAGAAGAUUGUAGAAGUAGACCUGGAAGGAAGGUUGCAUCGGAUCAGCAUCUUUGACAACUUGCCGGUCAUCACUGAGGACGAGAUGACAGCUCAGGACAUUACAGAGUGCAACAGCAACAAAGAGAACAGUGAGCAGCCAUCAGUGACUACCACCGUGAGCUCGGCGCGAAGAUCGAUCUCCCAUAGAGCCAAGAAGAAAGAUACAAAGAAUUUGUCAUUGUUCCCUUCACCGCAAAACCACUGCUCCAACUCUCACGGACACUCUCAGACACAGUCAAAUCUGCACAGCCACCAUGACGUCCUUCCCAACCCCACCUUUAGAUUGCUGGAGUCUUAUGAACCAGUCGAGGUUCCCUCACGCCCUACUGCAUACUACCGCUACAUAGAAAAGUCUGGUGAAGAACUGGAAACCGAUGCAGAGUAUGAUAUGGACGAGGAGGACAUGGCCUGGUUGGAGUUGGUCAAUGACAAGCGAGAGUCCGAAGGCCAGCCACAAGUGCCACCUGAUACAUUCGAGCUCCUAAUGGACCGCCUAGAAAAGGAGUCCUUCUUGGAGUCACGAAGCCAAGCGCCUUCGCAAAGUGUCAUCGACGAGGACGCCUUCUGCUGCGUCUGUCUCGACGAUGAAUGUCUCAACAGUAACGUCAUCCUCUUCUGUGACAUCUGUAAUCUGGCUGUGCACCAGGAGUGUUACGGAGUUCCUUACAUCCCUGAAGGCCAGUGGCUUUGCCGUUGUUGCCUGCAGUCGCCCUCUCACCCCGUGGACUGCGUGCUGUGCCCUAACCGGGGCGGAGCGUUCAAACAGACCAGUGACGGACGAUGGGCGCAUGUUGUCUGUGCUAUUUGGAUCCCAGAGGUGUGUUUUGCAAACACAGUCUUCCUUGAGCCCGUUGAGGGCGUUGACAACGUCCCACCGGCUAGGUGGAAGCUUAUGUGCUACCUGUGCAAGCAGAAAGGUUGUGGGGCAUCCAUCCAGUGCCACAAGGCCAAUUGCUACACUGCGUUCCACGUGACUUGUGCACAGAGAGCGGGACUCUUUAUGAAAAUUGAACCGGUCCGAGAGACUACUGUGAAUGGGACUACGUUUUCGGUGAAAAAGACGGCGUUUUGCGAGGCGCAUUCGCCGCCUGUGAAGGAGGGCUCAGAUGAUGAAGAAACUGGGGGGAGGGUUUUGGGGUGUAGAGCUAACAGGGGUCGCAGUGCCUAUAUUCAGACGCCAGAGCUAAAGACCCAACGGCGAAGCAAUAAAUUGGAUUCCAAACAUCAGCAGAAGAAAGGAAAGCAAGAAGAGGCAUCCAAAAAAGUUGCAACACCAUUGGUGAUGGUUCCGGAAAUACCUACUCACAGGUUGAACAAAAUUUCUAAAGAUGUUGUCAUACAGAGAAAGAAUCAGUUUAUGCAGAGGCUGCACAACUACUGGUUACUCAAACGGCAGUCACGCAACGGAGUGCCUCUCAUUCGCCGUUUACACUCACAUCUACAGGGCCAGAGGAGUGCAGAACAGGCAGAGCCAGAUGAGAAGUUCAGUGCUGUGAGAGAAGAGCUGAAAUACUGGCAGAAGCUUCGUCAUGAUUUGGAAAGAGCUCGACUGCUGAUAGAGCUCAUCCGUAAGAGAGAGAAACUAAAGAGAGAGCAGGUCAAGAUUCACCAGGCGACGACAGAGCACCAGUUAAUUCCGGUUUUGGUUCUGCUGCGUUCCACUUUAGAGCAACUUCAGGAGAAAGAUACCGCAAAAAUAUUUGCACACCCUGUCAACUUGAAAGAGGUCCCAGAUUACCUGGAGUUUAUCUCGCACCCCAUGGACUUUUCCACCAUGAAAUCCAAAUUGGAGGCUCAAAAGUAUCGCUCAGUGACUGACCUGGAGGUUGAUUUCAACCUCAUGAUCUCCAACUGCCUGCUUUACAAUUCUAAAGACACUGUGUUUCACCAAGCUGCAAUACAUCUGCGAGACCUAGGGGGCGCUGUUCUGAGGCAUGCGCAGAGACAAGCCCAGAGCACAGGCUUUGACCUGGACACAGGCAUGCAUCUGCCAGAAUCGCCACACAAAAACGACUACUACCGCUGCACUUUUGAAGAUGUGGACACGCUGCUAGACCCUGAUAAUCGAUUGCACAUGACAACAGAAGACCAGCUGAGGGAGCUGCUAGACAAAUUAGACGUGGUGACAUCAAUGCGCUCGAGUGGAGCACGCACAAGACGCCUCCGCCUGCUGCGCAGAGAAAUCAACCAUGUUCGCUAUAGGCAACACACACGGAACUCGCACAUGAUGAAUGGAGACCUCAAAGAGGAAGAUGAGGAGGAGGAUGAAGACAAAGAGAUCGAUGGAGAACAUAAUCUGUCAUCAUCAUCAUUGGACAAAGAUGACUGUAAAUCAACCCCUCCACCCACACUGGAACCCACAGGUCUCGCCUUGUCCCCUCCUUCGGGAGACACCCCCCGGGAACCACCUACCCUCCGACCCAUGACAUCAGACCCCAGGACCCCUCCAUGCCCACCCAAGCGCCUCAAACUAAACAGCGAGAGCCAAGAGACUGAUUCCGACACUGCCCCUAUGAACAGCUUCACCAAACCUGAAGAUCGCCCACCUUUGCCUAGUGAGAACAAACUGACCAACGGCCUCUCCUCCACUGAGUCACCAACACAACCCACAACAGGAGGGGUUGGACGACGAACAUCUGUACUCUUCAAGAAAGCAAAAAAUGGGGCAAAGCUCCAGCGUGAGAGAGACAGUCAAAUGCAGAAUGGAAACAAGGACGAGGCAGUUAGCGCUGACCCUGCACGCAUCCUCAACUGCACCCCCACCACGAAGAAUGAAACUUUAGCCCAGCCAAAAUCUCCAACUCCUCCACCCAUAUCAACCCCAGCAAAGCAGAGAGCAAGAAGCCAUAGCUGUAGCCCAGAGCGUGAGCAGGAGAGAACACCCCCCCAACUCACUUUAGAGCCUGCUCUCACAAAUGGCUACAGAAAGCACAAAGAUGCUGUCUCUGACUCAGAAUGCAGCUCAUCUCCAACCUUCAAAGAACUUGCCUCGCCACCUAAAAAAAGCCGGGGGAAACCUGCGUUGUCCAAAGUGCCAUUCUUAGAGACUGUUAAUGGAGACUCUGACUACACUGGGACUGAUGUGCUGUCAAAUGGGGACACACCUGAACCUCUGGACUUGGUGUGGGCCAAAUGCAGAGGAUAUCCGUCCUACCCUGCUCUGAUCAUAGAUCCAGAAAUGCCUCAGGAGGGUUUGCUGCAUAACGGAGUUCCCAUCCCUGUUCCCCCUCUUGAUGUAUUGCACCUGGGGGAACAGAGACAGGAAGAGGCUGGCGAGAAACUCUUCCUUGUUCUCUUCUUCGACAACAAACGCACCUGGCAGUGGCUGCCUCAAGAUAAGGUUACCCCUCUCGGUGUGGACGAUACCGCAGAUAAACUGCGUAUGAUGGAGGGCAAGAAGACCAGCAUACGGAAGUCUGUGCAAGUGGCCUACGACCGAGCUAUGAUCCACCUGAGCCGGGUUCGGGGAGAAAAUGGUUUUGUCGGCUCCAACUACCUGUAGAACAGAGCCACCAACCACAUCUGACCUUCUCACAUGGGCUUGAUCUCAAAUGGCUAUAUUAGAUCACCAUUACAUCAGUAUUUGGUUAAUGGUCUAGGUACGGGUUUCCUGAGCAAUUGCAUUCACUUCAGUUUAGUUUGUCAAUAUGUUCAGGACACAACAACCCUCUUCAAUGAUUUGGUAGUGGAGUCAUUUGAGAUUCAGUCCCAUUUUUAUUUGUUUCAGGGGUUAGGUUGCUUUUUUAGGAUGGGUUCACUAAAGGGCGACAGUUUAUAUCAGUGAUUUGUUUGUUUUUAACUGGUGUCACUUUAUGGUAAUGAGUCUAAACCACCCAGACUCUGAGUUUUAGCUUUUGGAUACAUUCAGAGCAAUUAAUUUCUGAAAAUUAAGCAUUUUAAAUGAUCGAAUAAAUGACCUUAAAUAAUAUAAAUGUUUGAAUGAAUCACUGCCAUUUUCUUAUGAUAGCUUUUUACUUUUCAAAGUUUUACAAACCACUUCUUGUAUACUGUAAAGACACUCAUGUAUAUACGUAUGUUUUUUGUUUUUUUUUAUCAUAUAGUAUUUAAUUUUUUCUCCUGUUUAUUGUGAAAUAAAUUGGAAUGUUGAAAUGAAGAAGGUUGUGUACAUGUGUGUAAAAAGGUUUUCAGAUUAAUUGACUUCCUACAAAGUGUAUCCUGCUUGUCUUUGAAAUCAGAUAGUGUGAGGAUGUCCAUAUAUAUGUACAUAAUUGGCAUACAUUUUAUGUACGUGUAUAUGUACCAGCUCACAGCUGUCUGUGGUUAAAUAUAUAUUCUCAUUUUUGAUACAAAAAAUGUAAUUUAUUUAUGGACCAUUGAGAUAAAGGAAUUAAAUUAUAUUGGUUGAAGAUGGAAAUCAAAUCCAUUAUUUAAGAUAAACUAUUGAAUUAGCUUUUAAGAUCUAACUUCACGUGUGAUCUGAUUCUGCUUUAGUUCUUUUCAAGAUUUCAAGGUGAAAUACUGGAGGGAUGAUGAUAUAUUGUACACUUGCUAUUAGACAGUAAAAAUCCGUAAUUGCCAUCAAGCACAAAACCUUGUAUUUAUUGUAGAAAGUUGUGGAGCUUUUGUUGACUGUUUGUAAGAUGGAACCUCUAAGAAAUUGUAAGCUUGUACAAACUGCAGAUUUUACCGACCCACCAAGUAACCAGUCUCAAACAGUAUUUUCUCAUGUGGGGGAAAUAAAUGUUCUAUCAAAACUAUAUUAUGA